AUGUUGGUGAUCCUGUGGGACCCUGACACUCUCCUCCAUCAGACCGUCGAACUCCUGGGCUCGAAGCUCAUUCCCGCGCUCGAGUCGCCGGCACGACUUGAAGCGAUCCUGAAAGCUUUGCGCACUUCCAAACACGAGCUUCGCACGAUUGAGUCUGCGCGCCUUCAGGACGACCGUCGAAUAACUCGGCUGCUGGAACUCACCUCAGCGAGCCAUUCCCUGGCCUAUUUGCGACACCUGCGCGAUAUUUUCCAGGUAUGGGUAGCCGCUGGCCUGAUCAAAGAAGACGGCCACGUCCUGCCAGAGUGCUUCGUCUACCCCACCACGACCGGGAAGCCCCUGCGACCACCGAAAGACCCCUUCGCGCGUGCAGGGUACUAUGCCUUCGACAUGAGCAGCGGCAUCAUGUCAGAUAGCUACAAGGCCAUCGUCGCAUCUGCGAAUCUAGCCAGUGAAGGGACAGACAUGCUGACUGGUUUUGCCAACAUUCCCAACGACAUUGACACGGUGGUAGCACUGUGCAGACCUCCAGGACAUCACUGCGAUGGCCAGCGGGCGGGUGGCUAUUGCUACAUCAACAACGCCGCUGUGGCUGUCAGCACGUGGCGUUCAGAGCACCCGGAAGCACGAGUCGGCAUUCUCGACAUCGACUUCCAUCACGGCAAUGGGACACAGGAGAUCUUUUACGCCGACCCCAAGGUCCUAUACGUGAGCAUUCAUGGAGAAGAUGAGUUUCCAUACUACACAGGCGCGGCCGACGAAACAGGCAGCGGUGAUGCUAAAGGCACAAACAUCAACCUCCCACUUAAAGUUGGCAGCUCAAUCGAAGUAUACAUGGAGAAACUCGACUACGGAUUGAAGAAACUGGUGGAUUCCAAGCCCGAAUUUCUCAUCGUCAGCCUAGGGUUCGACACGUUCCAUUCCGAUCCGUUGGGACAUUUCCAGAUCCACACGGAAGACUACGAGACGAUCUCGAGGACAACGAGACAUGCGCUCAAGGGUAUACCUGCCCUCGUCUUACUUGAAGGCGGAUAUGUCAUCGAGCAUCUUGGUGCAAACAUGUUGUCAUUCCUGAAGGGAUGGAGUUCUGAUUGA